AGGGACGGCUGGACAGAGGGACACCAGGGCUGCGGCCAUCCAGGGACACCUGUGGGGCGAGCGCCAGCUGCGGAGCAUCCCGUCCCCUCUGCACCCAACCAUGUCCCUGGCGGUGAAGGAGAAGAACCACGUGCGGUUGGUCUUCUUGGGCGCCGCUGGCGUGGGUAAGACAGCCCUCAUCCGCCGCUUCCUGAUGGACACCUUCGAGCCCAAGCACCGGCGCACGGUGGAGGAGCUGCACAGCAAGGAGUAUGAGGUGAGCGGGGCCACGGUCAAGGUGGAAAUCCUGGACACCAGCGGCAGCUACUCCUUCCCGGCCAUGAGGAAGCUCUCAAUCCAGAACAGCGAUGCCUUUGCCCUGGUCUAUGCCGUAGACGAUGCCGAGUCCUUCGAGAGCGUCAAGAGCUUGCGGGAGGAGAUCCUGGAGGUGAAGGAAGACAAGUUCCCUCCCAUCGUGGUGGUCGGCAACAAGGCAGAGAGCGGCAGCGAGCGGCAAGUGCCGGCGGAGGCCAACUUGCCCAGCCGGGUCAGCCCGGCACUCUGCAAGAGGAGGGAGACGUUGCCCAAGGAGCAGGCGCUGAGGCCCCCCAUGAACAAGACCAACAGCUGCUCGGUGUGCUGA